GUAUAUAGCAUAGAAAGACGCACAAUACUUUAUGCUGCUUCAUAGUAUAGCUCGACACUGCCUUGCUUCCUAGUAGUGGGUGCACAUUGCUCGUGAAGUACAAGACAGAGAAUGUAUGUGUCGGGGCUGUACACAGAGGUAAGGGUGCCUCGACUCAAGUUUGUGACAUGUGGACUGUACUUACUGUUGUUUCUGGGAACCGCUAGAAGUCAGGAUGACCACCAUAUACUUCGACUACACAAUGACAUCAUCAAAAACAACAACCCCAAAGUCAGACCUGUCAAGAACAGCAGUGACACCAUUACGGUCUUUUUACAACUUCAUCUUCUCAGCAUGUCUGAUUUUGAUGAAGUGACUCAGACAGUGACAGCUAAUGGGUUUUUCUUAGUUUCCUGGAAAGAUGAGUUCCUAACGUGGAACGCCAGCGAGUAUGGAGGAGUCGGUGAAAUAAGUCCUGACUAUGGGAUGGUGUGGAGACCUUACAUCACUAUUCGUAACGUCGUGGAUAGUGUUGAACCCCUGGGACUCGACUUCGGGAUAAUUAAAGUGACAGCCAAUGGAAUUGUGAAUUGGGCACCUGGCGAUACAUUCAAGACUUUCUGCCAAAUGGAUGUUACCAAUUUUCCUUUGGAUGAACAAGAAUGUAUUUACAGUACGUUUAAUUGGGGAUAUACUCUGAAAGAAGUGGAUUUACAACCGAUCAACAACUCUAUAGGAUUAGACCUGUUCAAUGCUAACAGCCAAUGGGAUAUCAUUUACACAUCUGCGCAAAGAGUGAUCAAUGAAGCCAACAACACGCCUUUUCCAUUUGUUCACUUUAAAAUGACCCUGAAGAGAAAGCCAUCCCUUGCGAUACUGACAACUCUCCUGCCUGUCCUGAUGCUGGGAUUAGUCAAUGUGGUGGUGUUCCUCAUCCCUGUGGAGUCUGGAGAGAAGCUGUCCUUUGCGAUCACAGUUUUGCUGUCUUUCACGGUUUCCCUUUCUUUCGUCACUGGACUGCUGCCACAGAACGGUGACAGUAUACCUGUAUUUACGAUCUUCAUUGUUGGCCAGUUUGUAAUGAGCUCUAUCUACGUGUUUCUGACCAUCUGGAUCGUACAAGUGUUCCACCGAGACGCUGCCAUCAGACCCGUUCCCUCCUGGAUGGGGCGUCUGACAAGGUCCUGGGAGAGAUGCUUCUGUGGCACUCCAGCUGUGGGAAACAAGGAGAACUUGACGAUGACAGCUUGGGAAUGUCCAUCUGUGUCUUGGAUUAGGGUUAGCAAAAUGGCGGACAGGAUUAUGUUCUGUGUGUUUUUUAUUGCUUACACCUUAACAACAGUCAUUUCUACUCUUAAGAUAGCAUAUUUGUAACAUACAAAAAAACAAACAAUUUUAAGAUCUCGUGGACUUAACAACUCAGGGAUUCAUUUCUGGCUAUUUUACCUUAUCACUUGUUGUUUGUAUACAUGUAUGUUUUAAAGUGUGUUGAGGGCAUAGUUCCAUUGUUCCAUGUGAAUGUUCAUGGAUACACCAAUGUUUUAUUCUUAAGAUUGUUCAUGUGUUAUUCCAUUUAAGUAUUUGUUUGGUACUUUAUGUAUUAUCCCAUGUGUAAUUGACACUUUCCUGUGUCAGCUCCAACAGUGUCUUUAACAUGUAAAUGUUGUGGUUUUACAAGCUUAUAGGCGUGUCUAUAUGGUUAUAUAACAUAUUUGUUGACGUCUCCAUUUAUUGAUCACCUGCAUGAUGUCCAUGUGGUAAGAUAAUACUUUAAGCUGCGUAGGUAUGUGUGGUAUAAAUUUUCAAAACGAUC